AUGUCAGCUUUCAGCAUACGAAAACAGUCUCCCAAUCAAAGCGAUAGUAAGAGCCCCUCUGUUGCAAUUAAAAGCAGACAACAGGCUACUCAUGAUGUUAAUAAACGACGGACCCUUUUGCAAGAUAACAGCUGGAUAAAAAAGAGGCCUGAAGAGGAAAGAAUUCCAGCCAGAAGUGAUACUGAUAAAAUAAAUAAGUCUCCAACUCUGAAUAAUAAGGAAAACAACAGACGAUCUUGGACUCCUAAUGCAUCAUCCACAAAUGCUGCUGUGACUUCUCCAAUCAAGAAAAAAAGGCAAUCUUGGAUGCCUCCCCCAGUUUCAAGUAGUAAGACGACAACAGAAACAGUGGAAACCAAACGAACCACGUCAGAAAACUCAGAAGCUCCAAUGACGGCUGCCUUUUCGUCAGAACAGGUGACCCCACAGAAAUCAAAGACUGAUGUGGAUGAUCCAGCUACAGCAAGGAACCAAGAUAUUGAUAACCUCAUCAAAGUGAAUUCAAGUUCUUUCACAAGUGACAAGGCAGAUGAGGGCCUUGGUGAUCACACUGAAGCGAAGCCUGCUGAUGACCAAAGUAAAAAGCGAAUAACUGAGCAAGCAUAUGAAAAUCCUCCAAGGACUCCAAAUAAUCUCCCAGAAACAAAUUACUCCAGUAACAGUGAAAGAAAGACCAGCAAAUCUUCAUAUGGUGCCUAUGAAGAAAAUAUAACUGGAAAUACAAUCAAAACUGUUUACUCUACUUCUGAUCGGAGUAUAAUUGGAAAAGAUAUAUGUACAUACUGCAGGAAGCCCUUGGGCAUAGAUGCCAAAAUGAUCUUAGAUGCCUUGCAAAUUUGCUGUCAUUCGACUUGCUUCAAGUGUGAAGUGUGCAAAAGACCACUGGAAGAUCUGAAAGCAGGAGACAGCAUUUGGAUUUACAGACAAACUGUGCAUUGUGAGCCUUGCUAUUCCAAAGUUAAAGCUGAAAAGGACUUCUUGGAUAUGAUCAUGACAGAGUUAGAGUGCUCAGAGGCGGCGGGACCUUAG